GUGAGGGACUGGGAGUGUUGUGUGAAAAGAGUGCAGGCCAACGAGCGAGACAAAAGAGGCUGCGGCUGCAUUGAAUGUGCCGGUGGUGUGUCCGUCUCCGAAGCCACAAGCAAAACCACAUUACCCCCCCCUCUCCCCUCUCUGGCCUUUAUGCUACAGACGGCGAAGAGAUAUCGGAGAGGGAAACCAAUUGCGAGAUUGUAAUUCUGCUGGAAGCGCGAAGUUGGAGGACUUGGAAGAAAAAGCUUGGACCCGGGUGUUUCUCCUCUCCUCUCCCCCGUCCUUACUACACGACGAGUGCGGUGCGGUUUCGGGGUUGGAGAUAUAACCCAGAACAAAGGAGUCUUGAAGCGAGGAAUGAGCGAGCCGAGACUAGCUCUGCCUUUACCUUUGAAACCGGGCCAAAUGCCUCUCUGAGACCAACAAUAGUACAUCGGCUGCUCGUAUUUCUCGACGAAGCUUUCCGCCCCAAAAGGUAGAAAGAAGAAGGACAAAAAACAACGCACACGGAGACACACACACAAGUCGGCGGCUACAAUGUUUCCUCAAAACCGACCACCGGCACCUCUGCAGCCACCCCCGGGGUCCUCUGCCUCAGUGGUGGCAGCCGCAGCAGCAGCCGCAGCGGCAUCGGGGACGCCCCAAUCACUGAAACUAACCUACCCAGAAACUUUGGACCGCAUCAAGGAGGAGUUUCAGUUCCUCCAGACCCAAUACCACAGUUUGAAACUGGAAUGUGAGAAACUGGCUACGGAGAAGACGGAGAUCCAGAGACACUACGUUAUGUAUUACGAGAUGUCCUACGGCCUUAACAUUGAAAUGCACAAACAGACCGAGAUUGCCAAGCGGUUGAACGUGAUCUGUGCUCAACUCAUCCCAUUCCUGUCACAGGAGCACCAGCAACAGGUGGUCCAGGCCAUGGAGCGCGCCAAACAGGUGACCAUGGGGGAGCUAAAUGCUUCGAUAGGGGUACGUGGGCUCCCCCCUCUGCCUCAUAGCCAACAGCUCCAGGCCCAGCACCUCUCCCAGCAUGCCCAGGGUUUGCCAAUGGGCCCACACCCAUCAGGACUGCCCCACCCCGGCUUGGCACUUGGCGGAGGUUCCGGCCUGCUGGCCCUGUCCGGGGCUCUCGGGGCCCAGCUGGCUGCCAAGGAUGAGAGAGCACACCUAGAGGCAGCGGCCGCUGCUGCCGCUGCCGCAGAACACCACAGAGACCGUGAAGCAGGACCAAGCUCUAUGUCCAAUGGGGAUAAGGGUCGCCCAGCAGACUACCUCAGCAACGGCAAGAAGAGGAAAGCUGAUGAGAAGGAGUUCAUGACAGACUAUGGCAGCGAUGCAGAUAAGAGUGAUGAUAAUUUGGUUGUGGAUGAGGACCCGUCGUCCCCCCGCAGUGUGCAGUCCUACUCAUCCAGGGAGAACGGCCUGGACAAGAUGCCCCCGUCCCGUAAGGAGGGCCCCCCUCAGGCCAGCCCCACCUCCCUGGCCUCCUCCAGCAGCGCCCCCUCCCCGUCUCGUGGCAAAGAGCCCCCACAGAGGGAGAAGUCUAGCACUCCAGGCAUGAAGCCAGGGACCCCUAUGUCUCAAGAGUCCAACACUCCAGGACCCAGCGGACCUCCACAGUUCAGACCUGUCCCUGGCAAGCCCGGUGUGGACCUCGCUCUGGGUCUGAGAAACCCCCUGGCUGUGCAGGGAGCGUACCCUCCAGGGGCUUUCGGCCUGCCCCCUCCAGGGGUGAAUGGGGACCUGCCCGGGGCAGCGGGCUAUGGCGCCGGCCUCCACUUGGUCUCCCCCCAGAUGAACGGAGCUGCAGCAGUAGCCGCAGCAGCAGCUGCCGCAGGCUACGGACGGUCCCCCGUGGUGGGCUAUGAGUCUCCACACCCACAUAUGAGGGUCCCUGGGCUGCCUGCCAGCCUGCAGUCAGCCGCCUCCGGAAAACCCGCCUACUCGUUCCACGUGAGCGCAGACGGCCAGAUGCAGCCGGUGCCCUUUCCCCCAGAUGCCCUGCUGGGCCCGGGAAUCCCUCGCCACGCCCGUCAGAUUCACACCCUGAACCACGGAGAGGUGGUGUGUGCCGUCACCAUCAGCACCUCGACGCGCCACGUCUACACCGGAGGCAAGGGCUGCGUCAAAGUGUGGGACAUCAGCCAGCCAGGAAGCAAGAGUCCCAUGGCCCAGCUGGACUGUCUGAACAGGGAUAACUACAUCCGCUCCUGCAAGCUGCUCUCCGACGGGCGAACCUUGAUUGUCGGCGGGGAGGCCAGCACGCUGUCGAUCUGGGAUUUGGCCACGCCCACUCCUCGCAUCAAGGCGGAGCUGACGUCGUCCGCCCCCGCCUGCUACGCCCUGGCCAUCUCCCCUGACAACAAGGUCUGCUUCUCUUGCUGCAGCGACGGCAACAUCGUCGUCUGGGACCUUCACAACCAGACGCUGGUCAGGCAGUUCCAGGGCCACACAGACGGAGCGAGCUGCAUCGACAUCUCCAACGACGGCACCAAACUGUGGACGGGAGGGCUGGACAACACAGUCCGCUGCUGGGACCUCAGAGAGGGACGCCAGCUUCAGCAACAUGACUUCACCUCGCAGAUCUUCUCUCUGGGCUACUGUCCGACAGGCGAGUGGCUGGCUGUGGGAAUGGAGAGCAGUAACGUGGAAGUCCUGCACGUCUCCAAACCUGACAAGUACCAGCUGCACCUCCAUGAGAGCUGCGUUCUUUCUCUCAAGUUUGCCUACUGCGGUAAAUGGUUCGUGAGCACAGGCAAAGAUAACCUCCUGAAUGCGUGGCGGACACCUUAUGGAUCCAGCAUAUUCCAGUCUAAGGAGUCUUCGUCGGUUCUCAGCUGUGAUAUCUCCCCCGACGACCAGUUCAUCGUCACCGGCUCCGGAGACAAGAAGGCCACAGUCUACGAAGUCAUCUACUGAACUCUGAUUGGCUAAGGAAAAAAAACUAAUAAUCAGGGGGCGGAGCUAAAGCUCCCUCCUGCACCAAUGACUGUACAGAGCGUCGGUGGCAUGGAAAACAAGAGACACUCAACUCCUACUUUGUUGUUUUGUUUACGUUUGUGAAAGAAAUGAGAGAGAAAGAGAAGCAAGGGGGCACAAAGUCACAUCUCUGGAAAAAAAACAAACUUUGAACUUUGUUUAAUGCUCUGAGAACGCUGGUUAGUCUAUAGCUGCGCAAUUGUGGAUUCCUCCAAAGAACUUUUGUUUAUGUUCCUUUUUUUCCCUUUUUUAACAAAAUAAAACCUCUGUAGUGAACAAGAAAUUAGCAAAAAACUUAUUUUUUUAGCCUUUGAAUUUUUCGCAAACAGUUGGCCAGCAUCGAGUGGAAAAAGACAGAGAUGUGGGACUGAGGAAGUGUGGAAAGGUGGGGCUGGAAACUCUUAAUGGAAAAAUACGGUCCAUAUUCUGUGCUGUGUCUAAAAAAAAAAAUGAAAAAAAGAGAAAAAAAAGAAAAAGGGAAAUAAAAAAAAGUCCCAGUCUGGGUCAGCUUGGCCUGGUUUGGCCUGGUCCGGUCCAGCUCAGUCUGCAGCACGUGGCUGCUCCUCGGGGCAGCAGAUGCAUGGCAGAUGGCAGGAUGGUGUGCUGUGAAGUUCCAGCUUUUUUUCUUUCUCCUGGUUAAGUUUCAGCAGCAACAUGAUUGUAUCAUCUCCAGUACAUACAUGACAGAACAGUGUCUUUGUUCCUUUUCAUUCAAUUUUUGUUUUCCUUUAUAAAAAAACAAAGCCAGGCUUAUUCUGGAAAUGUCUUUUGGGGAAACCAGCCUGGAACAGAAAACCACAACCCAGAGGACAGAAAACUGAAGGCGGUUCAAACAGCUCACAACAGGUACUCUCCAAGUUUUGGGGAUGUGGCCUCUGCUAUAUUGUCAUCCUCAACAGUAAAUGUUUUUUUUCUAUUGUAUUUGUUAGGGCACAUAUAGGCGGACAGGUAUUUUCACAAUUGCAUCAUAAACCUUGAACCUUGCUAUAUAUGGACAUGUAAAUAAAGUUCUCUAAAGGCAAACGAG